UGGAAACCCUAAACAAUGGCAACGGUUUGUUGCUCUCGCCGCCGCAUAACAAUUCUGGACACCCACAGCAGCAGCAGCAGCGUAACAUCGGCAGUGGCAGCGCUUCCGGUGAAAACAAUAUACAAAUAACACAACCGAUAAGUGCGCCAUCGUCGCCAUUGGCCUCACCUGGUGCAGUAACGAGUUCUACUUCGUUUUGUCUACCCUCAAGCUGUUCCACAACUGCAGCUGCAGCCGGCAACAACAAUAGUGGUGGCAGUGGCUCCUAUGUUUGCUCAGCUGGUACCAACAAUCUGGCUUUUGUGACUGCAACGAAUGCGAACGACACUGCAGAUCCAAACUGGCAAGCCAAUAAAACAACAGUGUUGGAGCGAAAUGCAGCUAUGUUCAACAAUGAAUUACUGUCAGAUGUAAAAUUUAUUGUUGGUGGAGAAUUUGGACCCGUACAAACAAUACCCGCGCACAAAUACGUUUUAGCUACCGGCAGUUCAGUAUUUUAUGCAAUGUUCAAUGGUGGUUUAGCAGAGAAGAAGAACGAAAUUGAAGUGCCUGAUGUGGAACCGUCAGCUUUUUUUACAUUGUUAAGAUAUUUAUAUUGUGAUGAAAUUCAAUUGGAACCUGAUAAUAUAUUGGCUACACUUUAUGCUGCCAAGAAAUAUAUUGUGCCACAUUUAGCACGCGCUUGUGUUAACUAUUUGGAAGUGAAAUUGACGGCAAAAAACGCCUGUCUACUUCUCAGUCAAUCUCGUCUUUUCGAAGAGCCAGAACUGAUGCAGCGUUGCUGGGAAGUUAUAGACGCACAAGCAGAAAUGGCGAUUAAAUCUGAAGACUUUGUCGAUAUUGAUCUCAAAACGUUUGAGUCAAUUUUGUCACGUGAAACACUUAAUUGUAAGGAAAUCCAUUUAUUUGAGGCAGCAUUGAAUUGGGCUCUAAAUGCUUGCCAAAAGAUGACCGUCGAUAAUACAUCCCAAAAUAAACGUAAUGUAUUGGGACAGGCUUUGCAUUUGAUACGCAUACCAACAAUGACACUAGAGGAAUUUGCUAAUGGUGUCGCACAAACUGGCAUUUUAACUUUGCAGGAGAAUGUGGAUAUGUUUUUAUAUUUUACAGCCAAAGCAAAACCAACUUUAAGUUUCCCCACAAGACCACGCGCUGGCCUAAAGACACAAGUAUGCCAUAGAUUUCAGUCUUGCGCUUAUCGUUCAAAUCAAUGGAGAUAUCGUGGACGCUGCGAUUCAAUACAGUUUUCUGUGGAUCGGAGAAUCUUUAUAGUUGGCUUUGGUUUAUAUGGAUCAUCAACUGGCGCUGCAAAUUAUAAUGUCAAAAUAGAACUGAAACGUUUAGGACGUACACUUGCCGAAAAUGACACUAAAUUCUAUUCAGAUGGAUCUAGUAAUACUUUCCAUGUUUUCUUUGAAAAUCCCAUACAAGUAGAGCCGGAAUGUUACUACACAGCUUCAGUUAUACUGGAUGGCAAUGAAUUGAGUUUCUUUGGACAAGAGGGUAUGUCAGAAGUGUGUAUGGGCAAUGUAACGUUCCAAUUUCAAUGCUCAUCUGAAAGCACAAAUGGCACUGGUGUACAAGGAGGUCAAAUACCAGAACUUAUAUUCUAUGGACCAACAACAGUAACUGCCAUAAAUUCUCCUACAAAUUCAUUGUGUGCAACUCCAAUCGGAAGUGGAGCAGCAGCCAGUGUACUGCCCACAGGUGCUCAAAGCAAUACCGAUGAAUUAAUUACCAGCGGCAGUAGUGAUAGUGUGACAGCAGCUUGAGUAAGGGCCAAAGUGAUAAGAAUAAGGCGGAAAUUUUCAAUUUCAAGUAGUUUUUAAUUAAAAAGCAAAACAACGGAAUUCAAGGGUUUUCAACAUAAAUACAA